CAGUUGUGAGCCACAAAAAUGGAAGGCGAAACAAAAGCAAGAAGGGGUCACUGUGUAGUGUUGGCAUAUCCAGCUCAAGGUCACAUAAACCCUAUGCUUGAGUUCUCUAAGCGUCUUCAACUUGAAGGAGUUACUGUAACCCUUGUCUGUACUAUCUCCUACUGCAACAAGUUUCACAAACUUCCCGGUUUCAAUAUUGCCUUCGAGACCAUCUCCGAUGGCUUUGACGACGGCGGGUUCGACGAAGCAGGGAGGCAGAACGUCAACUAUUACGAACGGUUUCGUGAAGUAGGGACACAGACUCUUAUUGAGCUCGUUGAGAAACUUAACAGAACAGGGAAACCUGUUGACUGUAUCGUUUAUGAUUCAUUCUUGCCUUGGGUUCUUGAGGUUUCGAGGAAAUUAGGAUUACUUGGGGUGAGUUUUCUGACGCAGAAUAUUGGUGUGGAUAGUAUAUACCACCAUGUGAACAAGGGAAAGCUGAAAUUUCCAUUGGUGAGAGAUGAAAAUAUUUCUCUUCCUGGAUUGCCAACUUUUGAGCCUCGGGAUUUGCCUACUUUCUUGUACGAAUGUGAACCGGGAGAUCCAGUUCUGGAUUUGGUGGUGGGUCAGUUCUCCAACAUUGAGCAAGCUGAUUACAUUCUCUGCAAUUCCUUCUACGAGCUUGAAAUUGAGGUUGCAGCUUGUAUGAGAAAGAUUUGGCCAAACUUGAGGACCAUUGGACCGACCAUGCCCUACGAGUUCUUGAACAGUAACAUUAAAGCACUUGAAGAUGAAGAAGAUCAUGGAUUUGCCAAGUUUAAGAGUGAAGAAUGCAGCAAAUGGUUAGAGGAUCAACCAAAACAAUCAGUUGUUUAUGUGUCAUUAGGAACAAUGGUACCUCUCACGGAAGAGCAAAUGGGAGAACUAGCAUGGGGUUUAGCGGAUAGUGGGAUCACAUUUUUGUGGGUAGUGAGAAAAUCUGAAGAAGCUAAGCUUCCUAAGAAUUUUCCCAGAAAAUCACAGAAAAGUUUGGUGGUUUCAUGGUGUCACCAACUCAAAGUCCUCUCACAUGAAGCUAUAGGAUGCUUUGUUACACACUGUGGUUGGAAUUCAACGUUGGAAGCUUUGAGUUUAGGAGUUCCGAUGGUGCUUAUGCCACUUUGGAGUGAUCAAAGAACAAAUGCAAAGAUUAUUAAGGAAGUUUGGAAAAUAGGAGUGAGGGUUCAAGUUGAUGAGAAAGGGAUUGUGAGAAGAGAAGCAUUGAAGAAAAGCAUUUGGGAAAUCAUGAAAGGUAAAGAAGAAGGAGCAAGUGACGUGAAAAAGAAUGCCGUGAAAUGGAAGAAUUUAGCUGCAAAAGCUGUUAGCAAGGGUGGAAGUUCUUGGAACAACAUUCAAGAAUUUAUGGAUAGCUUUUCCCAUUCAGAAGUUAAUUAAAUCAGUUCCUAUGUUGCCACGCGUAUUUAAGGAUGUUUUAGUAGCGUUCUUAAUUAAUGUCUUGUAAUAAAUGGAAUGAAUGCUACGAAGGAAAUGGUAAAUAU